AUGGAAACAUUUAGGCCAGAUAGAAUUAUAGAAUGGAUCCCAUAUAAUAAAUUACAAAAUAUUAAAUAUUUAACUAAAGGUGGAUGUUCCGAAAUUUAUAAAGCAUAUUGGAUUGAUGGAUUUUAUAAUGAAUGGGAUUUAAAAGAAAAACAAUUAAAAAGGUAUAGAGGACAUAAUGUAGUACUCAAAAAGUUAGAAAAUGUUGAAAGUGCUAAUAGAAGUUGGUUUGAGGAGGGUAAAUCUCAUUUAUCUAUAAGUAACAAAUGGGUACAAGUUGUUCAAUGUUAUGGUUUAACAAAAGAUCCAUCAGAUGGGAAUUAUUUACUUGUAAUAUUUGCAUUGGACUAUAAUUUAAGAGAAUAUUUACAACAAAAUCAUGAUAAACUUACAUGGAAAAGAAGAUUUCAAAUCAUUGAUAAUAUUGUUGAAGGAAUUCGUAAAAUACAUGAAGAAAAUGCAAUUCACAGAGAUUUGCAUUCCGGAAACAUAUUAUUAUCUACAACAGAUAUUCGUAUAAGUGAUCUUGGAUUUUGUGGACCAGCAGAUAAACCAUUAAAUAGUAUAUAUGGAAAUCUCCCUUAUAUUGCACCCGAAGUUAUUUCUGGAAAAGAAACUACUUUUGCAUCUGAUGUUUACAGUAUUGGUAUGGUCAUGUGGGAAAUUUCAUCUGGACGACCGCCUUUUAUUAAUUUUGAAAAUGAUUAUGAACUUGCACUAAAAAUAAUUAAUGGAAUGAGACCAAAAAUAAUACCGGGAACUCCUUUAGAAUAUAAAGAUAUGAUGAAACAAUGUUGGGAUGCUGAUCCAGAAAAAAGACCUGAUAUUAAAACUUUCUUUAAUAAAAUAAGAAAAAUUAAUAGGUUAAAUUAUCAAAACGAAAUAAAUGAAGAUAAAAGUAUAUUUAAAAAAUUAUUCGAAAAAAUUAAAUUAUCCACAAAAAUAAAUGUCUCGAAUAAUUUUGAGACUAAUAAUACAAUUGAAGAUUUUGAUAACAAAAGUAAUAAUAAUACAUCAAAUUCAAGUAAUAUACCUGAAGAUAAUAGCAAAAAACUGUCUAAAGUAUUUAAGAAAAUGCAAAUUAAUUCAAAUAAUGAUAAUCGAGAUAAAUAUAAUGAAGAGACUAUACAAGUAAAAAAGAAUAAUAUUGAUGAUAUUAAUGGUACAAUUUAUUAA